CCUACAGUUACAGCAUGUAAUGCAAUGGAAAGCAAAGCAAUGACAGCAGAGUAGCAAGGUCCUAGGCUGCAGCUAGUGAGGACAUGCUCAAAUGCAACAGCUGUGGGCACAUAAAUAAAGGAAAGAAGCUACUUACCUUCAGAAGACCCAAGGUACACAGGGAUCUCUAGCAAGAUAACCUUGCCUCCACUGCCAACACUUAAAUGAGGUCUGGGAAGGGGUGGAUCCUGGCUCAGUCCCUUCCAGUCUCUUAGGUACAUUGCAUGCACCUGAGCUCCCCUGGGUUGGCCCUGCCUUCCCACCAGGCGCUCAAUCACUGGUUCAAGCUGUGACUUAGCAUUUCUGCUACACAGUGCUUCCAUAUUCAGGAGAAAUCCCAAGUUUUUCUCCAUGUGUUUUGUCUUUACAUUUACGUUUACUGGUCAUCCUGUCCCAAUACCUGAAGAUUAAGAAUAAGCCAAGAAGAAACAAAAAGAUACAAUAACAAAAUAUUUCAAGAAGAUUCAUAGUUACAAGAAAGAAAUCUCUCAUUAGUACCAAAUCUUGCUGCGCUGUUUUUUCAAAAGAAAUGACUCCUUGAAUGAGCGUAACUUUGUUGAGAGAAGCUAGAAAAUGAGAAGCACAAAUAUGUCAGUUGGCAGGAUGCAUCAUCAAAGUGGAUAAGUGGGGUUAGUGUCAGCAUUUGUUAGAGGAGUGAACAAAUUUAAUUGUAUGGGAGAGACAGGGAUGCUUAGUCAAAUGCUAUCCUUUCUGUGUUUGUCGAGAGCACGCAUCCACAGAUGGUACAAAUGUGCAUUUCAGUUCUUUGAACUCUCAGAUGUCUUAUGUCAUGAAUAUAAUCAGUUUAGAGUCUGUAAUCUGUUUCCUGCUGGCUAUGUGCACUUGACUCCAAAAGUCACAUUUGCUCAGAGAAGAUACACAGCUGGAAUGUCAAGAUGAAACCUUGUGUGUGUAGUUGCCUCUGUCAAGGGGCAUUCUCCACUGUGCUCAACUGCUUUCCGUUAGAGAAAAUCCUGCAUACAGUUGUUUUUUUUUCUCCUAACCAGACACGAAAGCAUUUUCCAGUGAAUAAUGGAAGUGCCAUGAAACUAAGUGAUGAGCCAAUUUCCUACUAGCAGAGAACAAGUUAUUAACAGUAUUUGAAGUAGUUUUAAAAUGUUGUACAUAUUAAUUCUACAUUUCUUCAAUGCUACAUUAACUUUUUAAAUCACUUAGAUAUCAUUAAAUCUGCUUUCCCAAUGCCUGCAAAUAGAAUAAAGUGGUUUCUAUGUUAAAAAAUACAUAGCAUCAUUUAGAGAAGAUUAAAAAUAUUAUAAAUAUGUUUUGCAAAAUGGUUCUCUUAUGAAAGCUCAGAUUUCUUAAUUUGUGGCAAUUCAUAGCAAAGCACACAUAUUUUAUUUAAUUUUAAAAAAGAGUAGUAAAAAGAAGAUAAAUUCAGCAGAUUUCUAAGAGGAGAUCACUCAGCUAAUCAUAUCAUACUACGGUACAGCCAGUUUUGGAGUAGGCAACAGGCUCAGUGUUUUAUUUAGAUACCUUCUGGCCCUAUUUGUGUAAUUGUGUAAAAGAUAUUUUGAAAUAAUCAUUCAAUUACAAAAUGCUCAUAAUUCAAAGUCAGUUUUUAGUAAUAAUGAAUAGUAUUUGCUAUCAAAGCUCCUGUGGGCAAGAAGCUAUAUUACAAUAAGUAUGACUCACUCCAUCCACAUAAAAUGAAUUUUAGGAGGUAUCUGUAUGCGAUAUUAGUACUGACCAUUUGUAUUCUCUGAAAGAUGAAUACAAGUUAAUUUUAACUCCAGUAACUUAUUAUUUUUUUUUUCCGUGUUAAUAGUAUUAGUUAAUAAUGUAGCAAACUAAUGUAUUUGAUAGUACAGUUGAUAAUACAGCAAAAUAGGUAUAGAUGAUAAUAUAGUGACUUUUCCUUUUUGAAAGAAAUGUGGCAAUUACUAAUGCUAGAAAGUGCCACUAAUGAAUUGUGUUCCUGUUCUACAGAUGAAAAACAAGUAGUUUCAUAACUUAUUCACAAGAAGUGUGAUUUUGGACUGAAGUGUAGCAUCUCAUGUCUCUUUUUCAAAAGAAAGCUGCAAUAAACACCACCUAAUUGCUGAAUGAUUGGAGCCCACAUUUCCAAAAUCUUGUCCAGAAAGCCUCCUCAGAUGCCUGAAGCUCUGCAGCUGCUCAUGUGUUAUCAUUCUGGGAUAGAUGAGCAUCUAGGGACUCAUUUCUUGCCUAUACCUGUUAGAGGGGCUCAGGCUUCAGGAUGCCAUUCAUUAUUCAUGAGUCUAGAGAGAAAAUGGAGCUAUAGAGAGUGCAUAGGGAACAUUUGCCAGGAAAGUGGGAAAGGAAUGUGGUUCUUGAUAGUGCUCUAGCACUUGAUGUUAUGCAGUUUACUUCAAAUGGAGAGAGUGAAAGUAAAGCACCGUAAGCAGGGAUCUCCAUGCUUUAUGUUCAAAUGUUCUACUACAAUAUAUUGAAUAGAUAUCCAGAAACCUGAAGUUUCUAUAGUAUAUAUACUAUAUACACACCUAUAGUAGGGUGCCCAAUAUUGCACCAAGCUCUGCUUAUGAUUUGUUGUGGUGGGGGAAUUUGCUUCCCUUACCAUGGAAUCCACCUAAUCCUUCGCUUCUUUAUUUACCCCUUGUUGCCACAAUUAAUUAGUUUUCUCUUGUUCCUUUGUUCACGUUCCCUUGGUGCAGCCCUUUGAAAAAACAAGAAAAUAGAACAGACACCUUGGUAACUGUGUGAUAAUAGCAGUGGCUAAGUUCUGUUUAAUAUCAUGGUAUUAUUCUGUAACAAAUAGUGACUAAUUGCUUCUCUGCUGCUCUGUCAGUCUGUGAAAAGGCCAGCAUCUCAAAACACUAACUCAUGGCUCCAUUCCUAAUCACUGUAAGCUUACAUAAAAAGGAAACUUUGGUGACUGAGGUAUGGCUGAUAGGUGAAUCAAAUGUAGCGAUGAAAGGUGUUUCCAUCACCAACUCCUCUUCGGUGCUGAGGAUCACAAUUUUCACCUCAGGUGCAAUGUGCAUGAACAGCCAUGGCUCUGCAUAUCUUGUGGAAAACUCUUUCUUCCUUUUUGCAUUCUUCAGCAAACAAAAAUUGCAUUUACACAAAUUCCUGGAAUGUCCGUUACUGGGUUUAUCAUGCAUAGGUCUGACUUUUUAUUCAAAGAAUAUAAUUUCUCCCUUUCUUCCUUAGUGCUAAGAACUACACAAUGGCUCUUUAAUAUUUAAUUGAUGAUAUCAUUUUACAGGUUUUAGUUUAAAGGUAACCAUAGCACAAACACAUUCAUUAUUAACUGCUGAAUAGCAGCGUAGGUUCUUGGGAAUCCUCUCUGGCUUAAUAUGAGAAUCCUCAUCAGAAGAAUACAGUGCUGGUAUUGUUGUUAAGCGUGACACACUGGCAGACUCGAUGGGCACCACCCUGGAACAAUGCAAACUACUUAUAUCAGUGGAAGAGACAACAUUUAAGGGUGAGGUGAAGGCAGAAAGUGAGAGGCUGUCAAGGAAAGUGCGGUUCCGCGUGGCAUCCUCACACAGUGGCCGGGUGCUGAAGGAGGUCUAUGCUGACGGGGAGGCUGUUGACUCACUGGACUCUGAGUACACCAGCAGCUCGGAGACUGACCAGACCAGCCGGCUGAGCGAGGUGGAGGGCCAGCAGAAUGGGCAUGGUGGCUCUGAGUGCGAUGAAAAUGAAAAUGAACAGGAUGACUUGCUCAUUUUAGUCCGAGCCACGAAAGAGAAGGGUUUUGGUACAAAGCGAGUCAACAUUCUCAGCAAAAAUGGCACAGUCAGAGGUGUCAAGCACAAAGUCAGUGCUGGUCAAGCCCUCUUUGACAACUUCUCAAAAGUAUUUCAGGUGUCAACAGUUCCAGAAUUUGGCCGCAUAGUAAUUUAUACCACCAGCCUCCGUGUGGUGAGAACCACUUUUGAAAGAUGUGAACUGGUUAGAAAGAUAUUUCAAAACCACAGAGUUAAAUUUGAAGAAAAAAACAUUGCUCUGAACAGUGAUUAUGGAAAAGAACUAGAUGAGAGAUGCAGGAGGGUGUGUGAAGCUCCAUCCCUCCCUGUUGUGUUUAUUGAUGGCCAUUACCUUGGGGGUGCUGAGAAAAUUUUGCUAAUGAAUGAAUCUGGGGAACUGCAGGAUCUCUUAACCAAAAUUGAGAGAGUCCAGCAUCCUCAUGAGUGCCUCUCGUGCGGGGGCUUCGGUUUCCUUCCGUGCUCAGUGUGCCAUGGGAGCAAGAUGUCUGUGUUUCGGAACUGCUUUACGGACUCAUUCAAAGCCCUCAAGUGCACAGCUUGCAAUGAGAAUGGGCUACAGCGCUGCAGAAGCUGUGCAGGUUAAAAAUGACAUCUCCACAUGUGCAACCCCAUUUUAUUGUACUGCAGCAGUUUGUAAUAUGAUUUCUUUUUUUAAAUUAAUCUGUUUCUCUAAUUCAGUCAAUAAAAAUGCAUUUAUAGUAUGCUUCUGCUGGUUUGGUCAUUGGAACCCUUUCAACCUGUGUGUGCCUAUAGCAUGAACUCUGAGGUGUAUGUUUCUACAUUAUUUAUAGAUAGAUUUGUUGUCUACCAAAUUUACUGCGCUUACAUUUGGAUAUGAAGUCUUCCCUUCUGUGCAUCAUCAGCAAUACCGAACAAAUGAAGAAAACAUAGCAUUAUAGAUUGCAAGGAAAUUUCUGAUAUUCAACUUGGUAACUGUUAUGGAUCAAGGUCUGGUCUACUGUAGCUGUUUUAGAGCAUUUGUUCUUUCCAGGAGGGUCAAUGGUCAGACAACUCCACCACUGUAUACAACUUUGUCGUUUUUGGAGGGUUUCCCCAACAGAAGCACAAGAGACUUAGUCAGUGAUCAGUCUGAAUGCACUGUAGGCUCCACAAUGGGUAUAUUCCAGUUUGGAAGCUUGUGAGAGCUCACACACUUUUAAAGAGUGAUUUUCAACAGGGUGCAUUAGUAUACAACCUUCCUUCUGUUUACAUUGACUUUGCCCCUCUUCCUUUACAGUAUUUUGGGCAUAGCAUAGCUGUUAUAUUAAACAGUAUAGCUACAGCUGCACAAAGAAUGGUUUGCAAAAACACUCCUUCCGAUAAAUUUAUGUUUCCUGCUACACUAUUUCCCUUAUCUGAAUUUACAGAAAAAAACAAAACAAAACAGAUUUCUCCACUUUCACAGAAUCACCAAGGUUGGAAAAGAUCUCCAAGAUCACCCAGUCCAACCAUCCACCUGUCGGUGCUUAGUCCCAUUAGCGAACUCUCAGUCAGUGUGGCAUCAGAAUAGUAAGUCCUCUUUAUUGUGUUUUACAUACAUCUUAUAUAUCCUCCACUCGUAAGCAGUAAAUCCACUCACGGUUAAUUAUCCUUAAGUUCUUCACAACAAAAUAGAUAACAAACAAAGUGUUCCUUAACUGUCCCAGAUGUGACCACAUUAGCUGUGCAUAUUAAAGAAGCAUUCUGUUUACAUUUUAGCCCUGUCUCCAGACUCCCAAGGCCUCAUAGUGAUAAGAUCUACCAGUCUGUUGAGCUCCUUGUUGUUACAUCUCCCCCCACAUCCACCUAUCACAAAUAUUUCCCACUAAACCAUGUCCCUCAGUAAAACAUCUAAACAUUUCUUGAACACCU